GGUGACUAGAGUGCGAAAAGGUGUCAAACGACGAUAGUUAUAAUUCACCGUCUGCAAUAUUGCCGAUCAGGACAUACCUAAUCUCAUGCGGUUCCUCGGGGUCGUUGAUGACGAUGAUUGAUUAGAAUUCGAGUUGCUCGUACGUCCGAGUCUCGCACGGAUUGGUCGUCGCUCGUGCGAUCGUUGCACGUCGGCUGUUCGGGGAUCGGGAUUUUCCCGACGAGGCAUCGACUGACGCGUAUUUCACGUUCGCUCGCCGAUCUCAGCCUCACAGUCGGCAUUCCGCGCUCGAAGAAGACAACACCCGUGAGAACGAGAAAAAAUGAGCAAGCUAUAUCGAAGUCUUUUGGCACUUUGGCUAAUAGCAUCAACGAUGGCCGUGCCAACUCCCACAUCUACUUCCCAUCAAACUGUGGCAAACGGUGUCCGUUUAUUCUCUACUAAUUUCGUUAAGACUGUUGCGAAAGAGACGGAAGGUAAUUUGAUAUGCUCUCCUCUGAGUGCUCAUGUUGCCUUGAGCAUGGCUGCAAUUGGUUCCAAAGGAGAAACUAAGAACCAGUUCAAGAAUGUUCUCCACCUUCCCGAAUCGCAGACCCAGACUCUCAAAAAUUACCAAAAUCUCAUCAGUAGUCUGAACAAUGUCGAGAACGUUACCUUGAAACUCGCCAACAAGUUGUUUAUCGCUAAUAAUUUCGAAGUGAAACCCGAAUAUAAGAAUGAUAUCCAGACUCAUUUCUAUUCUGACAUUCAGCCGGUGGACUUUACACAAAACCAACAGGCCGCAGAUACCAUUAAUAAUUGGUGCAAAGAAAAGACCGAGAAUCGCAUCGACAGCAUCAUUAAACCUGACGAUUUGGAUCCAUUCACUGCAUUAGUGCUCGCUAACGCGGUGUACUUCAAAGGCAAAUGGGCCAAAGAAUUCGAUCCCAAGAAUACCAUAGACCGUCCGUUCCAUAUUGACGCCAACACCGAAAAGCAGGUUCCCACUAUGUACAGGAAAGGCUAUUAUAAAUACUUGGAUUUGCCAGAAAUUAACGCCAAAUGCAUCGAACUACCAUACGCGAAUACACAGAUCAGCAUGGUAAUUAUCCUGCCGAAUGAAAUCGAAGGUCUGGCCGCGUUGACCAACAAUCUCGAUGCCGUGACUGAAGCGUGCAACACACGUCUCAGCCAAACGUAUGAGCGUGAGGUCAAGUUAUUCUUGCCCAAGUUUAAGGUCGAGGCCAAACUGAAUCUUGGAGAUACGUUGUCCGAUAAGAUGGGUCUUUCCGAACCUUUUUCUAAUAGUGCGAACUUCAGCGGCAUCUCAGACCGGCCUCUGAAGAUCUCUAAAGUCGUACAGAAGGCUUUCAUCGAAGUUAAUGAGGAAGGUAGCGAGGCGGCCGCAGUUACUGGUGCUGUUGUCAUACCUCUUUCGCUUGGCUGGCAACCGCCGGAGCCCAUUAAUGUUCGCGUCGAUCAUCCUUUCUUGGCGAUCAUUAAAUACUACAAACCCAGUGAGGAUAGGAGUGGACUGUUGAGUUCGUUGAAGUCAUCGAAUUUAUCAAGUUCGAGAGGUCUUUACCAAUAUUUUUCGAUAUUCAUGAUGAAAAUCCAAUUGUAGCCACACCCAUAUAUUUGUACUGUUCGCAGUGAUAACAAUGGUAAUUAAUGUCCUUUACAUACACUGUUGUCGUAUUAUUCGACCAGCGUACCGAGAAUCUCGAUUUUAUUCAUAUAUUUUUGAUAAAAAUAUUGAUAAUAAUGAUAUUCGGCGGAUCUCUAUAUUCAGAGAAUUAUUCUAGAGAUAUGUAAUCAGUAAACAGGACCUAAUUCGUAUGAUCAAUAAAAUGUGUAUCUUAUGUAAGGUAAUGUGUACAUAUCAUGACAUGUAAUGUAUAAAAUGUGAUGAUGUUAUAUAAGAUCAGGAGAACCUGGGGAAUCUUGACACCCUCUUUUGAUUUUGUCGAAUAUGUCUUAAAAAAUGAAAGGAAAAUCAGAACGUCCUUAUCGUCGUAGAUAUUUUAAUAUUCAACCAUAUUAACGAAGUUAAAAAAUAAUAAUUUUAGAAUAAUUUACAUUUUAAAUAAAAUAAUCGAAAUGUGUCUCCUACUCUAGGAGACUUGACCCAGGGAUGUGCUAGAUUUGAUUCAGGUGACCCUGUCACCUCUGUGUUUUAAUUAGUGCAAUAAAAGAUAUUGAAUAAUCAUAUAA